AUGUGGUCCGCCAUCCUCACCCUUGGCGUUACCGCGGUGUCUGCCACGAAUCUUUUCGUUUCCGACUAUGGUGGUACCAUCAACACUUUCUCACUCACAGCAAGCAAUGGCACGUACAACCUCGAGAAUAUAUUCUCGACCACCGACUGCGCACCAAACCCUAGCUGGCUCACCAUCGACUCGAAUCGCGGCUUGCUAUUUUGCAUGAACGAAGGCCUCGAAACAGUCAAUGGCUCACUCAGCUCAUUCACAAUCAAUACUAACGGCUCCUUGACUCACAUCAAAAACGCAACCGCCAUAUCCGGCCCAGUGAACGGCGUCAUCUACGGCGAGCCAGCAGGCCAACGUGCGAUUGCUUUGGCUCAUUAUACCGGCUCGGCUGUCACUUCAUGGCUACUUGAGGGCGGAGGUCAUUUCGAGCUUAACCAGAAUAUUCCUUUCACACUCUCUGGUCCUACUCCGAACCCUGCACGCCAGGAUGCGCCGCAUGAGCACGAGGCGAUCCUCGAUCCUACUGGGCAGUACAUUCUGGUCCCUGAUCUAGGCGCUGACCUGGUGCGUGUUUUCAGUUGGGACAUCGAAACCUUGAAGUUGAAGGAGCUGUCGCCACUCAAGGCUGCAGCGGGCUCCGGGCCACGCCAUGCUGCUUUCUGGAAUCCUUAUGCGGUGGCUUCGGAGAACAGCACUACCUACAUGUACCUCGUGGCCGAGCUUGCCAGCUCUGUAACUAGCUAUGCCGUGACUUAUCUGCCGAAUGGUGGAGGCUUGUCAUUCUCGCAGGUCUACAACAGCACAACUUAUGGGUUACUGAACCUGCCCGAAGGUAAUGCACCUGCUGAGGUUACUGUCACUCCCGACAACCGCUUCCUGGUAAUCUCCAACCGCAACAACACCUCAUUCAACCUUCCCGAGCCAGACGGCAGUGUCAUCAAGUCCGACUCCCUCUCCACCUUCCAGCUCCAGGACGAUGGCACUCUAGUAUGGCAUCAAUUAUGGCCAUCUGGCGGUUUCUAUCCACGACAAUUCAGCAUCGAUAAGACCGGAAGUCUCGUGGCAGUCGGACAUCAGUACGAUCAGAACAUCGUCAUUCUAGCUCGCGAUGUGGCGACUGGCUUGAUCGGGGAACCAUUGGCUAGGAUGAAGGUUCCUGGUAACACCACCUGUAUACAGUGGGAUGAGUAG